AUGUCGGAAGAGAAGGGAAAAGGAAUCUCGCUGCGCAAGAACAAAAAGCGCAGCGACAAGAGCAAGAAGGGAGGGCCGCCCGUCAUCAGUGCUCCGCGCCAGAUCAGUGCGCCUAUGCCCGCUGGCCUAGGAGCGACUACACUCUCGAGCGGCCAGAAUAGCGGACGUCCUUCCAACGAGUCGAGCCGGUCAGGACAACGACCUUUAGAUGCGCCGAGGCCUAGAGAAAGGCCGCAGCGGCCGGGGCAAGACAAGACGGCGGACCUGGUCAAGAGGAGAUACUCGCAGAAGAUCACCCAGCUACCGAGCGACUUUGGCAAUGGCAUGCCUAUGCCGGACCUGCCCCAAAUACCGGCACAAUAUCGAGAAGCACCACCGAGUAGGGAUGGAAGGCCACCUGGAAGCUCAGAUGGACGGAGCUUCAAGCCAGACAGACGUCAGUUGGCCGACGACAAUCUGAAGCCAGAUCAGUUUGUCAGCCAGCAACUCGCCGAUGCCUCCGAAGACGACAUCCGCCGCUUUCAAGAUGAGCUUCGCAAGCUCAAGAACCGCAACUCGACCGAUCUCCAGCAUAGCGUUUACCAGAACCGCACUCAGUUCAUGAAAAUCAGUAAAGAGGCAGAGAAACUCAAGAGUGAGAUGCGUACGCUCAAACAGCUUAUGUCUGAGCUCACGGCAACACUCGCGCAGACGACACCAAAUAUGAAUGCCGACGGUGACUCGCUCAGCGCACGUAAGGCCGCGAACAGGAGUUCAGUGGCGAAUCUCGAGGCCCUUUGGAAUACGCAGCUGCAUCAGCUAUGGAAGAGGAUAGAAGGUUCGCAAAAGUAUCUGCCUGCUAUUCCGGGGAGACACGUCAUCUGGCAGUCUGGAAAAUGGGUUGAAUUGAAUUCCGCAACAUGGAAAGCGCGCAGGAGGGUACAUCUGAUUCUCCUGAACGACCACCUGUUGGUCGCGGCGGAGAAGAAGCAGAGGAGCGAAGUCCCACAAAGCAGUCGAGAUAAGAAGCCGGCUCAAGAAUGGGUUGCGCAAAGAUGUUGGCCUCUGCAAGAAGUACAGAUGGCGGAUCUCGCAUCCAAGUCCAGGGCUGGCGGCAAAUCAGGCGGUGCCAAUGCGAUUAACAUUCGUGUUGGCAAUGAUUCUUUCACGUAUGCCGUCUACCCGGGUGAGGAUGCCGACAAGGUGCAAUUGCUUUCCACGUACCGCAAGGCUGUGGAUGACUUGAGGAAGAGUCAGGAAGUCGAGACACAACAACGAGGCAGAGCACAGGAUUCGUACAACUACUUCGCUACUCGUGACGCAAAUAUCCUCAAGAAGGCUGACUUAAUGGAAACACUGACUGACAAUGUGGUUAACAACCGCGCCAGCAUGCUCGUCGAUAUCGACGGCAAGCAGCAUAACAUUCGGUUGGUCGAGACCGAGUUGGACCAGCUGGAUAUGGACAUUGCAUUGCAGCGCUUCGAAAACGCUGUCAUGAAGGUCGAGAAGCUGAAAGCUUUAGCGAAGAACAUCAGAGGCAACACCAUGGCGCAGAGCAUCGUCACUUUCAAGGUCAACGAGCGGGCUACCAAAUUAGCCAAUGUCCUGAUCAAACAACUUGUGGAAAACAACAACUGGAUAUCAUCGGUCAAGCGCCACGUCACUUGGAUCGUUCGGCUCGGAUUCGAAGAUCGAGCGCGGGAGGCGUAUCUUGAAGCGCGCGGCGACUUGAUCAAGAAGCGAACUCGACAAUGCAACUUCGAAGGCAAUCUCCCUGAGUACAUUUUCCAGAUAUCCUACAUCUACUUUACCAUUAUUAAGAACACCGUCGACAUUUACCAAAAGUGCUUCCCGCAGGUGCUCAUGUCCGCCUGUGUCAAGUGGGCGAAGGAGCACGUUGAUGGAUUCAACGUCUUGUUCGACCGGCAGAUGAGCAGCGUAGACCGGAGCUCGCCGGUCUGGCAGCAGUGUAUGGACCAAGCAUUGGCUCAUGCGGGCAUGUUGACGGGGGUUGGGCUAGACUUCACAGAACUGGUUGGGAAGGGGGCAGGAGAAGCAGAGAACAGGCCCGUAGGACUAGGUGUCAGCGCUUAA